UUUGGCACACUUCUCAACGGGUCCUGAGGCUGAGCCGGAGACAGCGGCGUUGUUAGCAACAUGAUGGCGGCGCCCUCCAGUGCGCAGGUAAUUUCUCUCUAUCGGAUGCUUUUGAGAGAAAGCAGCAACUUCCCGUCGUACAAUUACAGGACCUAUGCCCUCCGGCGGGUGCGUGAUGCCUUCAGGGCUAAUAAGCAAGUAGAUGACCCCAAAACGGUGGAGAGGCUGGUGUUGGAGGGCCGGCAGUCACUGGCACUGAUACAGAGACAGGUGGCCAUCGGGCGCAUGUUCAAGACCCAGAAGACGGUGGUGGAGUAGCAGCUUGCAGGAGGAAGAUAAGGAUGUGACAUCACAGCCAGUCAACCAAUCACCACAUCCUGUCUCUGAGGUGGGCGGUGCAUCGUGGGAGUGUUUAGUGAAGAUCCUUGGUGAAUGUUGUACAUUAUUUAAUGUCUAAACAAAAUAAAAACACUCUCACAAUCAGAAACAUCAAAAGUUUA